AUGUCGUUUAUAGCACAAGCAAUAAAGGACAAACAAACGAAUGUCGUCAUCUUCUCCGCGACAGCCAUUGCGCUGUACGGCUACGAUCAGGGCAUGAUGUCGCUCAUCAACACAAACUACAACUACCUCGAGACCAUGGGCUUGUACGAGGAGUCCCCCAUGGUCGGUGUCAUCGUGGCCGUUUACUACCUCGGGUGUGCUGUAGGCGCCGUCCUUUUCUCCAAACUCGCUGAUGAGCUGGGGAGGAAAAGAAGCAUCUUUUUCAGUUUGGCAACGGCUUCGUUGGGGAAUCUGCUCAUGUUUGUUAGUGGGAUGGGCAUGCUUGGGAAGAGCAGCCAGGUAGCUUUGGGUAUCAUGUUGACGGGAAGGGUGAUCAUGGGUCUCGGCGUUGGCGGUAUCGACGCGGUAAUCCCAACGUACUCUUCCGAGUUGAGUUCAGAUGAUUCCCGUGGUAAGGCUCUGGCGCAAGAGUUUCAGAGCAAUAUUUUCGGUCUUGUCAUGGCUUUUGGCAUCAAUCUCCUUGUAACGAUUCUGCUCGGCAAGGAAAACCAGUGGGCGUGGCGCAUCCCCAUUAUCGUCAUGCAGGUCUAUCCUGUCCUGCUGAUUGCGUUCGUGGAGCGUCUUCCAGAGUCUCCGCGCUGGCUUAUUUUCCAUGACCACAAGGAACAGGCAGAAGAGGCAAUGGAAGAUAUUUAUGGAGAGCAAGGAAAGGAUAAGCUUGAAGAGCUCUUGGAGCAGCACAAGAAAGAGAAGGAUGAGAAGGCUGGCUAUAUGGACAUGUUGACACCUGGACACCCACAGUUCCACCCUACAAUGAUCACAGUCAUGUCUCAGGUCAACCAGGCAUUGACUGGAUAUGGCGCGGUCAGCGUUUAUGGGCCACAAAUCUUCGAGUUACUUGGCUUCUCAGUUCGCAACUCAGAAUAUCUCACCUUGGGAAACUACACAUCAUACUUUUUCCUCAUGACCCUCGCUUGGCUUCUCAUCGAUGCCAUCGGUCGCCGCAAGAUCCUCAUUCAUGGCUCUAUCAUCUUAUCGACUUCCUUUGCACUUCUCGCUCUCUUCGGCGGCCUCGUAGCAAAUUCUGACUCUCUGCACAUCCCCGUGUAUGUCCCCGGUAUCAUCGGCACAGUUGUUCUCUUUGUAGCUACCGGCGCUUUCGGAAUCGGCUGGCUUUCGACUGUCUGGCUGUUCCCAACUGAAGUGUACCCCACCACUGCCCGCGCACAGGGAACUGCCAUCUCCGUCAUUAUCUGGGGCUUGGCCAACUUUGCUAUUACGUUUCUUACGCCAGUGCUUUUCAACAACUUGGACUACUAUAUCUUCCUUGUGUUUGCAGGUACCAAUGCUUUUGCCGGCCUAUGGACGUACGUCUAUCUGCCGGAGACGGGUGGACGCACUUUUGAUGAGAACAUGGAAUUCUUUAAGGAAGCGGCGGAACAGGGCACCUGGAGAGUCAGCAAAGUGGGCAAGGGCGAGUGGAAGAAGAUGGUGUAUCCUGAUCCCGAGGGCGAGGGUAAUGUGGAUGCCGAGCGCGUGCCGUUAUUACACAGGAUAGAAGAUCAGGUUCCCAGUAUGGGUAGUAGCUGA